AUGGCGAAAGGUCAAGCCGAGAGCGAUAAAACCGUUUGCAAUCAUGAAGCAACCACGACAGUCAGCUUCGAUGCUACGGCUCAAGGCCAUAUUGGCCACGACAAGGAACCAAAUACCGACAAGCAAGAAGAAACUAUUUCUGAAGAUAUCCAUGCUGCAAAUAUGAAGACUGAUGCUGAAAAGGAUGCAAUGGAAGCUGGCGAAGUAGCUCCUACACCAGACCCGAAUAUCGUCGACUGGUCUGGCCCUGACGACCCUGAAAACCCACGCAACUGGUCCAAAGCCUACAAGUUGACAAACAUCAUAGUCAUCAGCUUAUCCGUCCUAUACACCAACCUCGCAACCACCAUGUUCGCCCCCGGCGCCGCUACCAUGCAACGCGAAUUUGGCUUCAAGAGCAACACAGUUGAAGUCCUGACCAUCACCAUGGCAUCACUGGGGUUUGCCCUGGGCCAAUUAUUCAUACCCCCUAUGUCUGAGGUUUUUGGCCGCAUGCCGAUUUACAGGACAAGCUCAAUCUUGUACAUGGGGUUUACGGCUGGUUGCGCGCGUAGUACUGAUGUUGCAGAGUUUCUGGUCUUUCGUUUGUUAACUGGUAUGGCUGCUGCGUCGUAUAUGUCUACGGGAGGCGGUACGGUGGCUGAUCUUUUGCCCAAGGAGGAGAGGGGUGUUGCUAUGGCUAUUUUUACCGCUGGACCGCUCUUUGGCCCUGUGCUUGGUCCUAUUGUGGGAGGAUUCGUUGUCGAGAAUCUCGGAUGGAGAUGGUGCUUUUAUCUCAUCUUGAUGCUUGCUGGCGCAGUCACCCUAAGUACCUUCUUAUACAUGCACGAAACAAGCUCUAUCAACAUACUCAAGUCUAAGGCUGCUAGACUUCGUAAAGAGACAGGCAAUCCAAACCUACGGGCCUCCGGCGAUAAGCAGACCCCGAUCAAGCAGCUCGUCCUCCAUGCCCUAACCCGGCCUAUGAAAUUCCUCUUCACAUCGCCCAUCGUCGCUCUAAUCUCACUCUACAUCGCCUUCAACUUCGGUGUAACCAUGCUUCUCUUCGCCACAUUUCCCACCGUCUACGAGAACACUUAUCAAUGGAGUGUUAGUGUUUCCGGGUUGGCGUACAUCGGCGUCGGUAUUGGUUGCGCCAUAGGGGUCAUCACCUUUGCCAAGCUUAGCGAUCGCCUUCUAAAUGCUGAGGGAGGGAACUACCAUGCAGAGCGGCGGCUUAUAAUGAUGAUGUUUGUAUCUCCAAUGUUCCCCAUCGGCCUGUUCAUCUACGGUUGGACCACUGAGUACAAAGUACACUGGGUUGUGCCCAUCAUCGGGACUGCGAUCUGCGGACCCGGGGCGGUAAUCAUCAAUUCAUCUUCGCAGACAUAUAUCAUCGACAUCUUUGGGCCUCAAGCAGCGGCGUCAGCACUUGCUGCCAUUACACUGCUUCGCAAUCUAACGGGAGCUUUUCUACCCCUUGCCGCACCGACACUCUAUGCCAAGCUUGGAAUAGGCUGGGGAAAUAGCGUGUUGGCCUUCAUCACUGUUGGAUUUAUACCUGUGCCGAUUUACUUUUACUUGUACGGUGCAUCCCUUCGGAAAAGGUUCCCUGUCGAGAUCUGA